AUGACACUGGUCGCACCACCACCGCAACAGUGUCCAUCGAUGCCGUCACCGACGUCUCUGCCGAACGGUGUUGCCCCGUCACCACCGCCACCAUGUUCAGGUUGUAUCAAGCUGCAUGCGGACAUUAAGCAGAAUAUGCAACAAAUGAUGGAUAAAUUCGAUUUGAUAUAUAUGCGAUUAGAAAGCCUAAUGAAUGAAAAGGAAAAAGAUCGGCUGAUCGUUCAAGAUCAGGAGAUGAGCGAAAGUGGAAGUGAUGAUAAGGAUGUUCCAUCACCGGCCAAUAGUCGUGCGUCUCCGAACAUCACCCAAGGUAGUCGCAAACGAAAACCGAAUAAGGAUACCGUACAUCGAGUAUCAGACGAUGCUCAUAUGAGUGUCGUGAACUCGUCAUCGGUCUGUGAAACGCCGGCUGUGUCGGCCGCCCCGUCCACGCCUGUCUCGACAACGCCAUCCGGUUUUGCGGAGAGUAUGAACUUUCUGGGCAGCCAAAUGAUGGAUCCGUUGGCCCAGCAACAGCAACUACUUCAUUUCAUCAUGCAGCAAUCAUUAGGAGCAGCUCACACAGUGCAAACAUCAACACCCCAACAGCAAACACAACAACAACAACAACAGCAACCUCCAUCACAACCGACGUCGAUUACUUCGAUGACCACCACUACAUCGGGUGGUACCCAAGUGAAAUCUGAGCCACCCGAACACUUCAAUCCGCUCAUGGAGCAGUUACAGCAUCAGUUCAAGGAGAAAUUCGAUGAAGAAGACCCGAACGCAUCAGUUUCACGUUGCAGUAAUUGUAUGACGACAAAGACGACAGCAUGGCGGCGAGACAUGGCCGGAAAACUCGUUUGUAACGCGUGCGGCCUCUAUUUCAGACUUCAUCGGGUAAUCAGCAAAAUUCUCGAGGUCAUCUAUUCGAUUAUUUGGAUGAAAGCUGAAGAGCAACAGUUAGUGGUUUACGAAGUGACUCACCGCCCCGUACAUAUGCGAAAAGACUUCAUUCAGCAACGUUUCAGAAGAAAGACCAAGGAGGAAGAGGUAAAUUCACCAUCAGCAAUGCUGAGCUCCUUAUUCGGCAUGUCGCAAUUCACCGGUAACACGAAUCCAGCAGCGUUCAAUUUUCUGGAACAGUUCAACCAUGUAAAUUCCGUACAGGAACAGCUGAACAGUACGGCGCCAGUUUGA